AUGUCGGCCGACGACAGCUCCUACGCUCCCAAGUCUCCGGACCUCUCUUCUUUUUACUCAGGUGGCCCCACUCAACCCGCGCCGCAAAAGCUCCAACAUCCACAAACCGGCAGCCACCUCCCGUGCCCAGGAUACGAAUAUAAAGCAGAGUCUCCAGCCUACAACAGGUCUGCCUCUUUUUCUUCCUACGUUCCCCCUUCUCUCCCCCUCAGCAACAACAUCACCAUUGGUAUCGACAACGAUCAACCCAACAACAUCGACCACCAGCGGCAGCUAUCAUCCCAGCCUAGAUUCGUCGGGUCGGAAUAUCAACCCUACUCGGCGCAGCCGACCUUCCUUCAGGAUCAGUACCCCUCGUCCUACAGCUUCGCAUUCACAGAGCAAGCUCCGCGACCUGGUGUAGCUUCCUACACCCAAGCCUACCCACCUCCAAUAGGAGCUGGUUCAUCUGGUCCCUCUUCGUUCGCGGACCCGUCCUUUUCCACAACCAUGCCUCCUCGCAGGGCCGCGCCACCUCCGGCGCCCGCUAUCGAGCCGUCACCUGUCAAGACAAAGUUUCCCACUGCGAGAAUCAAGCGCAUCAUGCAGGCGGACGAGGAAGUCGGCAAGGUUGCCCAGCAGACGCCAAUCGCCGUCGGCAAAGCUCUCGAGCUCUUUAUGAUACAGCUGGUCACAAAAAGUGCCGACAUAGCCAAGGAGAAGGGCGGAAAGAGGGUCACGGCGCCAAUGCUCAAACAGGUGGUUGAGAUGGACGAGCAGUGGGACUUUUUACGCGACAUUGUCAGUCGUGUCGAGAAUGAGAAGGAGGGUAGCAAGGCCAAGGCCAAGCAGGAGAGCUCGAGCGACGAGGAGAUGCCAGAACCCAAAAAGAGGCGCGGUGGUAGGAGAAAGAAGACAUGA